AUGGCCACUCCAGCAAAGCCGGCGGUGCCGACCGCGCCUCCGCGCCUCAAGCCGCACGAACACGCCGACUUGACGACCUUCUGCGACAUACUGCAUCUGGUACACCAUCGCAACGUGAACCAGCACCGGCACAGCAUCUGGUGGCGCAGCUUCUCCGUGUUCCGGCGUGAGCUGUCGCACUUUGUAGCCGAGUACAACACGUACCAGCCGCCUGCCGCCGCCGCCACCGCCUUGACGGCGGGCCCGAAGAAGCCCUCGGCCAAAGCUUCCAAAGUCGCGGCGAGGCGCGCGGCGGCGAGGCUGGAGGCGUGGAAGAACGAUCACGUGCCGAGGUGGUAUCUCGCUUUCACCGACGUCAUAGCGUCGACGCAGUUUUCGGCCAUCGGGCUGGCGCUGCUGGCCGUCCUGGCGCGCGUUACGCAGAUCACGGGCAUUACGGCUGCGUACGAGGACGAGGCGGAGCGGGCUAUGCAGGCGGUUUUGCGUGACUUUGCUGCGAAGGACGCUAACGGCUUGUUUGGCGCCGUGAAGGCUGACGAAAGCGCGUCUCGCACGGAGGAUUUGGGAGAAGCUGUAGGCAGGAGAGAGGACUUCGGGGAGGUUGUUAGCAGAGACAACGACGAGACUGAGGCUCGCGAUGCGGUGGCUGCUAAGGCUGGGCCAAAGAAGAAAGACGUGCCGGAGUCUGGAGUGGAGGUGGUGGUGAGGAAGAAGAAAAAGAAGGAAAAGAGAGCAGCUGAACCUGAACCGGAACCGGAGCCACCCAAGAAGAAGAAGAAAACCAAGAAGGGCAAGAGCAGCGCGAUCGACGACCUACCUCACCCCCACCCGACCCCAUUUUUUGCUCGUGUCAAAAGGUCUUCCAAGAUGCGCUUCCUGGGCUCCCUCCUGCUCGUCCUCGGUGUCGCAACCGCCACUGUUGCUGCAGCGCCCGUCGCGAACGAGGUUCACCUCAUUGGUCCACCUGCUGCGUUGACGGCCGCGAACGAGGUCCACCGCAUUGGUCCAUUGACGGUCUCGAGGAACGAGUGUGCGGAAAAAUGCCACCUCGACGAUGGACCUUGCCUCUUGAAGUGCAUGGAUGCCGACGACAAGACGUGCUUGGCUGGCUGCAGCAACGACGGCGACUUCCAUUCUUGCGUCAGCGCUUGCGUCAAGACGGCCUUCCCCGGAGCUCCCGAGACGGCCACUCUCUCGCAGAACAGCUCGUGCUUCGACCAGGAUGUAUGCUACAACAGCUGCCAGUUUCAGCAUGAUAGCUACUGCAAGGUCAACUGCAACUACGAGUACUACUGGAACUGCCAGCACGCUUGCGGUGUCAACUGUCCUGCCUUCAUCCAGGCGACCAGAACCGACGUUAUUCCUUCUACCACCCGAACGCCCUCUGAACAUUUCUUUGGCCGCCCUGUCAUUUGGCUGAAAAGUUGCCCUCAGGUCGUUAGUCGCGCCGCCAUCAGAGAUCAUGGUCACGUCCGUAUAUUCAACAGUAGUAGCCUCGAGAGUCCGGAACACCACGACUGCGCCCAAAAGUGUUGUGGCCUCGCCAAGAUGCGUUUCGAACUUCUUGCCGCCGUCGUCGUCGGCGCCCUGGUCGGGACUGGCAGUUGCACUCCGGCAACCGUGGAUAGCGCCACGCCUGCCCACACUCCAAGGAUGAUACCGUACGAGGUGUACAAGCACAUCAAGAGCAAGCAAGACGAGAAGAAAGCCGCUACCCACGCUCCUGGCGUCCGCCGCGACAUAGACCUAGCAUCAGUAGCGUCUGUGAUGUGGGAGCGGAUACUCGAGAACCCACGAACGGUAGCUCCCGGCGUGGUUGCCAUUCCCAGCGCGAUUGUCGUCGAGGAAAAAGGUUCCGAGCCGGAUGAUGAGUCGGAUGAUGAGUGA